GAUUAGCGCGUUCAAACAAACAAACUCUUCAGCUUUAUACAUUAGUAUAGAUACUGUGCUGCGAAACGGCGGCCAAUUAACUUUCAUGUAGUGCAGUUUCUCGACUGCGUACGUUUAUUAUUUGUAAAAGUAUCUCAGGUUUGUUCAGUCUCGUCUCACAAAUUACAUUUUUAAGUCAUUUUAAUUUACAUACAUAAUACUUUAUCAAAUGUGUGUCUGUGACUCAUUCCCAGCAUUUGUGUGUCCAAUUUUAUCUUUCUUUAACUUUACCUUGUUUGUUGUUCAAUAUGAUAUCUACUGAAAAUCAUAUUGAACAACAUCGAUCUCGUUACAUACUUAUAGUAAACUAGGUUACUUAGUAAACGUGGUUUUGCCAUUGACAAAUUGUUUCUAGGGUUUUCAUAUCUGACGAAGGGCUGGACUUGAAUGUUUUAUGAUUCUGCGACUUGCCCAAUAUUUGCAAAAAAUAUAUCUAAGGAAUCGAUAAAGUCGUUUUGUAGGAGUUUAACAAACAUCGCGGCCAUUUCCUAUGCAAAAUACUUACCACAAUACAGGGUUCUGGACAUGAUUCCAGUACCCCCUGCGUUGUAAUUUUUCGUCGGUCUGUUUAUUACUUUUUUUAUUAAUUCACCUCUGGUGUAUCUAAACGUGUUCUAUAGGUAUAUGUGAAUUUUUUAUUCACUAUUCGUUACCUGAUUUUCUUGCGUAGAAGGCAUGGCUAGUAUUGUGAAGCUAGUAUGUGAUGCCUACAAUCUGCACUGAAAUGCUGCUCCAGUUCGUCUCCGCUGAAUUAACUAGAAAUACUGAGUUUAUUAUGAUAAAUUAAGCUCGACGUCGACAAUGGAUACAUACAUUUGAACCAGAAAUCUAUAUGCCAGCAAAAACAUUCUGUAAAUAACUAGCCAAGUCUCGAUGGAGCUGCUUGUUUAUCUGUAAAAAGGAAUGAAAUCUAGACAAAGUUGUGCCAUGUUUAAGGUUCCCUACCGCGAUUUAUUUAUUAUUUAUUUUUUUAAAUAGGCGCAUGGUAACAGCUUAACAAAUAACGAAAAUUUCUGCGUACUGGUCAAAAAAAAAUGUUUACUUUUUGAACACACUGUGUAUAUAAAAAUCAAUGCCACUUUUCGUUGUAAUGUUAUAACUCAACAAUGCCUUUACCGAUUUGGCUAAAUUUGGCACUGAGUUAUUUGUGGAAGUCCAGAGAAGGUUUGUAGGUGAUAAAAUUAAAAUAAAACUUGAAAAAGUGUUAAAUCAACAUCUUUCUAUACCUACUUUCUCUUCUCCCAUACAAUCGUUUUCUAAAAAAAAUGUAGUAAAUUUUAAAAUGAGGAUGGUAUCAGGAGAGCAGGUAAUACAGAGGGUGAUUUUGGGAUGUCGAUCUUGCGGAGAUGCGGUUGUCCCAUAACACGACGAUGUAAGAAGAUAGGCGGUACGAAGCCUGUUGAGUUUAGCUUGGCUGACAAUAUGUAUAAAAAUAAUAAUUUUCUAUAGGAGAAGAACAUGAUGCUAGUAAGUACCAGGAAAGAAGAUAUUAGUAGUUCAGCGGAGUGAUAGCAAGAGAGCAAGUAAUAAUAAUAGUACAUGAGGGGUGAUCAGCAGGAGAGCAUGUAUCAUGAGUAAGCAGUACAUCAGGGUACCAUGAAAUCGGGCAUAAGAAGUCACAGUAGCAGCUAGAUGUAUGUUAAGGUGGUUUCGAUCUUGCAAUAAUGACGCGAUUGGCAUAAGUAAUUAAUUUACAGAGUCUUGGGCGAUAAGAGGUUGGCCGGGAAAGCUAGUAAUUAAUAAAAUUAUACAUGUCAAAAUUUGUAAAAAUGAAUAGAUACGUGUCUACGUAUAAUUAUACAAAAAAACAAAACAGGAUAAGUAACACAAUGUCACAUACAUACUGUAUGUCUAUACAAUUACAUAAUAAUCGUAAUAACACGUCAAAAAUUAAUCCAUGCUAAGCCGUCAUGAGUAAAUCACGGUUACCAACUACUCGACAAAGUGACAAAUUUCACUGACAAGUAAAAAUCUAAUUAAAAUUGUAUUUUAGAAAUCAGCUUGCUUUACAGGCAAUGAAAUAAACGUACUUAAUACAUUGUAAUGUUCUGCUUGAUAGAAAACAUAAAAAAACAAUGUAGUUAUAAUUCUAUGUCGCAAUGCCAUAAAACGCCGGAAACUACUCAAAUGGUUUUUGUGACCAGUUGUUUUAUUGUUAAAUUGUUAUGGGAUUGAAAUCAACAUUUUAUUAUAUUACUCAUAACCAUGGUUUUGUUCGGUCCAGUUUAUUGCGUUAAAAUAUUUUUUGUAACAGUUUUGAUGUGUCCAAAGCCAUCACGUCUGGGUGCUCCGAUCGGCAAACAGCAAGAAUACUUUCACGCUGUCAGAAAGUCUUUGAACGAGGUUAAUGACCCAUCUGAUAUGAAGCUAGUUCCUGCUCACUGGUCCACUGACAUCAUCCAGAAUGAUCAGGGGGAUGAGAAGUUCCUAGGUGUCGACGACGAACCCGGUUUUGAUUUGUCUGAUGAAGAAAUUAGAAAGUUAAAAUUAUGGCCUCAAGGGGUUAUUCCCUAUUACAUCGAUGUUAUUUCUUUUAAUGACAAAGUACUCCGCGACAGAAUUCGUCUUUUCCUCAACGUGAUCAACAGUGUGACGCGAAUCAGUUUCCUGGAGAUGCCAAGUCCGCCGAAGGACGAGGUGACACGCUGGGUGUUCUUCGUUAAUCGUCGAGGUCAACUGGGCUGUGGCGACCAUUCGAUCCUGAAUUUAACCAACCAAGGAGUUCAACCUGUCAUCUUGGGCUACGACUGCAUGUCUACGGGGGGCGAGCUGGCAGAAGCUGUGUUGUCGAUAGCUGGGAUCCCACCGCAGCACAACGCUCCGAAUCGUGACGAGUACAUCAAAGUGAUCGACGAUAAUAUCUUACCGGAGAAAAAGUAUUUGUUUCAAAAACUCAAUCACGAUCAGUGGUUGUUCUACGACAUCAAAUACGACUUUUCGAGUGCUGGGCAUUUCCAUUACCACAAACAUUCAGUAAAUGGACGAGCUACGAUCUUGACCCAGCCACUGUACAAUGGAAUAUCGAUGGGUGAGAACAACGGUUUUACAAUCAGCGAUAUAGUGAAACUAAGAAUGCUGUACAACUACAUUGUGAGGAAAAAAGUAAAUAUAGUGUCACAAUGUAACCGACUAUUUAUGCCAUCGUCGAUAGCAGGUUUCAAAAAGAGAAAACCGAAUUUUCUGGAUAAACUACCCAGAAACAAGCCACACCAAUACUUAGGACUUUCAAAAGAGCGUGCAGAAACCGAAGACAGUCAAGGCAAAAACGCUAAUGAGGACACGACGGAAGAGAAAAGUAAUUACAGUUACAAUGAUGAUUAUAAUCAAGCAUCAGUUGAUGUAGAAGAAAAAAAUAUAGUUAAUUCGAAAUACGAAAAAUUGGGAAUUUCAAUGCUUUCAGAAGAAAAACAAGAAAUCAUGGAAGAGAUAAUUAAAGUAAUAGCAGAAAUAACGAAAAGGAUUCCAAAACUACGUUACUAUAAGUCAGUUACUAUAAGUCAGUAUUUUUCUAAUAUAUUACAACAGUUCCCUUUCAAGGCAGACAAAUUGAAAGUAGAGCCCGGACAAAGAAAAUAUAACUACACUAUUCCAGUCAAAAUUAAUUCGGAAGAAAAAAAUAAAAUGACGAAAGAAGUACUUACAUUGCUGAUGGAUUCACCAAAAUGGCUUUCGAAAUUACCAAAAACGGAGCGUUAUUUAAAAAAAAUAUUAAAAUACCCUUUUAAGAAAGAAAUGUUCAUGGAAAUGGACAACAUAUUCAAAGGGGAUAUUGAAGUGGAAAAGAAAAUGAAAAAAAGACCAGGAGAAAACCUUAAAGGAGAAGGAAAAGCAUCAGUUAUAGUGGACAUUGUGAAAAAGGCUGGGAAGAUGGUUGCGAAAGAAGCACUAGAAAGAUUUAGUGUGGAAAUUAUAAAGAGAAAAAUAGACAACCUUGUUAAUAAAAUUAUUGGGUAA